AUGAACCUCUCCUCUUGCCACCAGCUGGUGGACCAAGGGCACCCAGACCUCAUCCUGCAGCACUACAACCACACGGGCCGCCUGGAAUUCCGGGGCCCUCCCGAGGAGGGCCUGGGCUGGCUUCGCACCCUCUUCGUGGCCAUCAGCUGCCUCAUCAUCCUGGAGAACCUGCUGGUGCUGGUGGCCAUCAGCACUCACAUGCGCUCCCGCCGCUGGGUCUACUACUGCAUCGUCAACAUCACGCUGAGCGACCUCCUCACCGGAGUGGCCUACCUGGCCAACAUCGUGCUGUCGGGCGGCCGCACGUUCCGCCUGACGCCCACCCGCUGGUUCCUGCGCGAGGGGCUGCUCUUCAUGGCCCUGGCCGCGUCCACCUUCAGCCUCCUCUUCACGGCGGUGGAGCGCUUCACCACCAUGAUGCGGCCCGUGGUGGCGCGCGGCACCAGCAAGACGGUCCGCGUGUACGGCUUCAUCGGCCUCUGCUGGCUCCUGGCGCUGCUGCUGGGGCUGCUGCCUCUGCUCGGCUGGAACUGCGUGUGCGACUUCUCCAACUGCUCCAGCCUGCUGCCCCUCUACUCCAAGUGGUACAUCCUCUUCUGCGUGGUCAUCUUCAGCCUCAUCCUGGCCUCCAUCAUGCUGCUCUACGGCGCCAUCUUCCGCCUGGUCCGCGCCAACGGCCAGAAGGUUCCGCGAGGCCAUGCCCAGUGCAAAGCGCAGCGCCUCCUGCAGACGGUGCUCAUGAUCCUGGUGGCCUUCCUCCUCUGCUGGGGGCCGCUCUUCGGCCUGCUCUUGGCCGACAUCUUUGGCACGGCCGCCUGGGCCCAGGAGUACCUCCGCGGCAUGGACUGGAUCCUGACGCUGGCGGUUCUCAACUCGGCCAUCAACCCUCUCAUCUACUCCUUCCGCAGUCGGGAGGUGUGCCGGGCCGUCCUGGGAUUCCUGUGCUGUGGCUGUCUGAGGCUGGGCAUUCGGGGCCCCGGCGACUGCCUGGUCCGGGCCGUGGAGACCCAUUCCGUCUCCUCCACCGAAAGCUCCCUCCGGCCCCGGGACAGCCUUCGGACCUCCCGUUCUCUCAGCUUCCGGAUGCGUGAGCCUCUGUCCAGCGUGUCCAGCGUGCGAAGUGUCUGA